AUGUCCCUGCAAAAUCUAAGAAGAUUUGAACUUACCAUUCUUGUCCUUGUACACCAUACCAAGCCGGUCACUUCAUUCAUAAUAACCAGUUUUCUGAUCCAUUGCUUUUUAUCAUUGCUGUUUGUUCCAUUCAUUUCGGGCUGCACCUUUUCAGUACAUCGGAACUGCUGCUUAGUUUCACCAUACUGUAUUGCUGAUCCAUUCCAUUGUGUCCUUGCUCUAUUGCGCUAUUCUUUCUUGGUUGCACCAUUCCGAUCAUGCUCUGUUGCUGAUCCAAUCCAUUGUGCUCUUGUCGUGUUUCUCUAUUCCAUUCUUGGUUGCACCAUUCCAUAUCUUGAUUGCUGCAGCAUUCCAUUCUGUCCAUCCUCUGUUGCUGCUCGUUUCCCUUGUGUAGUUGCUGUAUCCAUUCUUGGCUGCACCAUCCCAUUCAGUCCAUGCUCUGUUCCUUCUUGUCGUCACCAUUCCAUAUCUGGGUUGCUGCAUCAUUCCACACUGAGGUUGCUGCUGCAUUCCAUUAAGUUCCUGCUCGGUUGCCCUAUUCUUUCUUGGCUGCACCAUACCAUAACUGGGUUGCUGCACCAUUCCAUAACUGGGUUGCUGCACCAUUCCAUUCAGUCCAUGCUCUGUUCAUUCUUUGCUCUGCCAUUCCAUAUUUGUGUUGUUGCAUCAUUCCAUUAA